AUGAUUUUUGUGUCAGGCUCCCCGAAUGGAGAAUUGAUGGAAGACUCAAACGCAUUGGAAUUCCGAAGAAAGGCACUAAGGGAUGCAGUCAUGUGUAUUGGAUGGCUAAAACUUACAUCAGUAAUCUGCUUCGUAGCUUUAUAUUUCUUGGUUGAAAUCAGCAGUAAGGGUCACAUGUCUGAUGUCAUCAAAAUAAUGAUAGUAGCUAUAAUUCCUUUCCAAAUAAUACAUGGAGUCAUGAUAUUUUUUGGAGCAUUGGAGAGAAAUAUCUUAGUACUGAAAACGUCGAUGUAUCUGUUCCUAGUUUUCGCCACGUACAACACAAUUCUGGGCUGUAUAGGGGCACUGCAUUACAUCAGGUCGGGGCACAAGACUCUUCAUUUUAUGCUCGCCCUUUUGUUUGGGAUCAUGGCCUUCUCGUUAUGUUCAGUGUUCUGCCACGAUAUUUUUAUAAUUUACACGUACAUUCGAUUUUUAAUCCAAUACAAUGCGAGGUCUAUGGAGCCCGUGUCGCAAGAGAUGCCACCAUCUGAUAAGUAUCGUGUGACUGAAUUAUAA